UGGAAACCAACCAGACGACGACGACGACUACGAACGACGACGAAUGCGCAUUCUGACUUCAGUCCAGCCGACGGUUUCAACCUGUCAAGUCGUGUUCAGCAGGUGUCUUCGGUGCCCAUGCUUUCAUAAAUAUAACAAUUUUGUUCAUCUUCAUGUUCAUUCAUUUAUUUAAAAUAUCAGAUCAUAUUUUUGUAUUUGUUCAAACGUGUUAAUUUAAACAAAUCCCAUCGAAUUACGGUGUUUAUGUUUAUGUUUUAGUUUAUCGAGUUGGUUGAACUUUAUGAACAAUUUAAAUCAUCAUCGAUCGAACAAUUUAUUAAUUCAAAGUGAACCCUUUUAAUAAUUAAUAACAAUAGACAUAUAAAUAAUAUUUGUUUUGUGAGUGGAGAGAAUUUUCCAUCUGUGUGUUUCUCUCCUUCUCACAUAAAUAGAAAGAAAAAAACAAAAAAUAGAAAAACAUUUGGUUAAUAAUCUUUUCUACCACACUGCUACUUUCUUCUACUUCUGUCUUCUGCUGAGAGAGGAGUGUUAACAAGGGCGUGCUCCAGGGCCACAAGGAUAUAUAUGGAACUACCCCAUGGAUAGUAACAUGUCUACUGCCGCCUUCAUGCACCGAUCCGGUGGCUCUUCCAGCUCGUCCAGUGCUGGAACGGGAUCAUCCAACGGUGCAGGUCCUGGAAAUCCGGUGGGAGGUGGCAGAAUGGCUGUCAUCGGUUAUACUAGGAGUGUUAGAUUGAGACGUCGUGGUGCAUCCGGUUUUGGUUUCUCAUUACGCGGUGGUAGAGAAUAUGCUGCUGGAUUUUACAUAAGUAAUGUUCAACCAGGUGGUGAAGCUCAUAGAAAUGGAUUAAGGGUAGGGGAUCAAAUUCUUAGGGUAAAUGGAUAUCCAGUUGAAGAUGCUGUGCAUCAGGAGGUUGCCCUGUUGGUCAAAAAUCAACAAGUUCUCGUAUUAAAAAUUCAAAGUGUAGGAAUGAUACCUGUGAAAGACAAUCCAAACGAUCCGGUUACCUAUCACAUGGUGCAACAGCAGCAACAACAGCUGCAAUACAACGAGACUGGUGUGGGGGCUGCUCCCACACUGCUUCCAAACGGUGAAGUUAGGAUCCGAAUACGCGUCGGUGAGAAAGGUCAACUUGGCUGUGGUGUUUGCAGAGGCAUCGUACCUGGCCUCACUGUUCAGGGUACAAGGGAUGGUGGACCAGCUCGUGCAGCUGGUUUGAAAGCCGGUGAUGUAAUAGUUUGGUGCAACGGACAACGAAUGACUGAUUUACCUUUUGAAAGAGCAAUAGAGGUGAUGAAGGGAUCAGCUGUCCUGGAUCUGAUCGUUCAACGACCACCACCCAAUCACCUUUACGAUUGCCCUGAACCACUUUGGACUCGUGGUUCGAGUGGUUAUGAUUCCGAAACAUCGAGCAUUGUAGCAACCAGUCCAUCGCCUUUGCAAAAUCCUUCAUCAUCUCCGCAACAUCUUCGUGAUCCAAGAAUGCAGGGACGAUAUCCACGAGACGAUACCUGUAAUCGAAACGGCAGGAUUUGCUGUCCCCUCGCACUGUCCACCAGCAGCUGCACCUCUUCCGAAUGGUCUCACGUGGAUCAGGCACAGGAUUGGAUACGAAAAGCGAAUAACACGACUGUCAUUCGUGUUAAUCAGAAUCAGGGUCUACUGAUGCAGAAUCAAAAUCACAGACAACAACAACAACCACAAGUACCACCACCUGGUCAUCGUCGUUUGAAUUCCCGUGGUAAUUACGAGGACUAUGAUAUCGACAAUGAACCACUCUACGAUCCUGUAGCACCAAGAAUUGAUUACGAGGUACACGAUUUCGAUGCUAAUCCAAAGGAUGAAGCUAAUCGUCGUUUGGCUUAUCGACGUGACAUCAUCAGACAACAGGAUGUCAUUUAUGAUGGUCCUACUGACGAGUUGCCACUUUAUCAUGCUUCCAAGGAAAACGAACAGCACGACGUUAAUCGAUUGGCAGAACUGCAAUUGGUUCAGAGACAGACUGAAACGGAUAGGAAAACUAUUACGAGUGUUGUUGAAGUUCAAUCAGUUUGUCCUCCGGCACCCCCACCACCACUUCCAUAUAAAUGGCCAGCAGAUGCAAAACCAAUGAACGCAAUGGGAAUGCAAAUGGGUAGCACGAUGUCAAUGGGUAGUACAGGAUCAACAGAAACUGAAUCAAGUCUUGAGUCUUCCUGUAGCAAAGAUUCUGCAUCAACUUCUUCAUCGUUGUCAACGUCAUCUUGUGAACCACCAUCAUCUUCGACUAUUUCUUUUGGAUCCACUACUGUUGCUUCAUCAACUAUUUCUAAUAAGAUUAAUGAAAAUUCAGGGAUUAUUCUUAAUCGUGCAACGAAUUUAAGAACUUCUCCUAUUGCAAGUACUGAUCUAAGCACUGCCAUUACUCAGGAAUUGCAGAGGCGAGCUCAACAGAGAAGUUUGAACGCAGCCAAAGCGGAAGCUAUGAAAGAAAAAUCAAUGGUACCACCUAAACCAGCAAAUCUAGAAGCACUUAGGGCACAAGAACAGAAAGUCACGCACGACAAGUUAAUGGAAGAAUUUAAGCGAGCGCAUCGAAAGAUGUUCAAUGCUGCCCAACAGAGGGUCCAAUUUUCUGAUCAAGUUACCGAACCGGAACAGGAGAAAAGGAUACUGACAAAUGGAUCCAGCUCAUCAAACUUGACUUUGAAUUCAACAGUGAAUGAAACUAAAACAACACCAAAUCUAACAACGAACACAUCAACGAUUAACAAUAACGCCAGUUUUGUUAAUAAUAAUAAUAAUAAUAAUCCAACAUCAUCGAUAAUUCCACCACCACCAGCUCCCCCAGCACCUCCUCUACCAUUACCAACAAAAACUGGUACUACCAAUAAUGAGGAUUCGGUUGAGAUGCAAAGUAUUGAAUCGUUUAAAUUAAAAGAAUCACCAAAUCCAAUUAUACCUAAACCACCACCAACAUAUUUCCCAUUAACGAAUUCUUCAACGCCAGCAACCAAUGGUGGUAGUCCACGUCACAAUCCUAUUGGAAAUAAAACGACGAAUCAGAUAAUCAAAGAUAAGGAUCAUCACCAACAAUCAGCAAGUCCAAUUAACGAGACCAACAAAAAUUCCAUUACAACUACAACUACUACAGCUACAACUACAAUUACUAAUACUACUGCUACUACUACUACUACUACUACUACUAACAAUGUAAUCUCACCAAAUGGUAAUACCGGUGGUGUACCUAAACCAGCCGUUGGAAAGGUCGCCAUUAGGAUAGGUGCUUACGAAGGUGAAGCUAAACAACCUGCCAAGCUCGAUUUCUUAGCUCAACAACCUCGAACGGAGAAGAAUGGAACCGAGGAAGCUAACGGACCGGUUGUAUCCAGGUUGCAAAAUGAACUGGCUGCAACAUUGCAAAGAUCGAAUUUAAGAAGGAAAACUGAAGGAGAAAAUCAAACUACUGCCAAAUCGAUACCGGAGAACACGAUGACGUCAGAAAAAGAUACAACGAAUAAUCAAGAACCCAAUAAAAUUCCUCAAAGUACCGUAGAAAAAUUAGCCACAGCAUUAGGCAACAAAGUUACUAUCAAAAUUAAUCCCGAUGAUGGUGGUAAUCGAUAAACAACAAUUCAUAAACAUUUAUUUAACGUAUAUAAAUAAUAACAAUAAUAAUAAUAAUAAUUAAUAAUUAAUAAUAAUU